AUUUGAGGCUUAGUGGAGCGCAGUGGGUGUGGCCAGAGAGACACGCCCCUUUCUAGAAGACCUUAUAGCAAUAAGAAAAGCAGGAGUUUCCACAAGGCUGACCUGAGAACCACAUCCUACUCCCACUAAGGUUAUGAAGGAGAACCUCAUCAAGGAGAACCUCAACAAAGAGAACCCAAUCCAGGAGAACCUCAACAAAGAGAACCCCAUCAGAGAACCUCAACAAAGAGAACCCCAUCAGAGAACCUCAGCAAAGAGAACCCCAUCAGAGAACCUCAGCCAGCCAGUCAGACCGGCCCCAUCGCCCACUGCCAUGACAAGCAAACCAAAAUAUAUCGUUAAUCACCUGCUGACCUUCUCGCUGCGGAGCGAGGUGGCGGACGUGGAGGCCGCCCGGACACGCCUCUGCCAGCUGGCCAAGGCCGACAAGCUGUGGAGCCAGUGCAUGGUCCUGGAGGUGGGGCCCGCCGCCCUCCGGCUGCUGGACAUCCAGACCAAGGAGGAGCUGGAGCGUUACCCUGUGGGCGUGGUCCAUCGCUGCGACGCCAUCUUCUCCGUGCCCGAGUUCCCCAGCCUGCUGCUUCUGGUCUGCGGCUCGGACCAGGAGAGCUCUGACGUGCUGUUCUUCAGCUGCGAGGCGGCCAAGAGGAUCCGCGAUGACAUCACACUCGUGGUUUCGCCCUCGCCCUCCAAUAGGAACACGGAGACGCCAGAGGCACUCAGGUUUGCUCAGAGUGCAGAGAACAUGAUCGACCCCUACGGAAUACCGAGCCCCCCCAUCGCCCACGCCCCCAACGCCCCGCCCGCCGCCCCCCCCCCUUACCCCGGACCCAGAGCUAACGGUGUAAGCGGAGGAGCUGACAUCUCCUUCCUGAGGGCCGACAGAGAAGUGAGGAUUCUCAACCACUGCUUCGACGACAUGGAGAGCUUCCUGUCCCGACUGCAGCAGGCCGCCGAGGCAAACGGCGCCCUGAGCCUGAAGAAGAAGAAGAAGAAGAAAAGCAAAAAGCAAAUGGCAGAAGAUGACCUCCUGGCAGGCCGCGCCCGCCCCCCGUCCCAGGAGGAGUUCCUGGAUAUAUUCCAGAAGUUUAAAUACUGCUUCUGCCUCCUGGCCCGUCUGAAGUCCGCCAUCGCCAGCCCCUCAUCCCAGGAGUUGGUCCACUACCUCUUCAGGCCUCUGGAUAUGGUGGUGAGGACCACAGGGGGUCCGGCCUUGGGGGCCUCGGUGUCCAGUCCGGCCCUGAGCAGCGCGGCCGUCUCCCUGCUGAGGGCCACGCUGGGGGAGGAAGAGAAGCAGCUCUGGACGUCCCUGGGGCCCAACUGGACGCUGGGCCGGUGUGAGCUGGGCCAGGUGUCUCCAUACUCUCCGGUCUUCUACGGCGGCUGGCGUCCGGAGGCGGUCCGGGAGGACGGUCAGCUGUGGGAGGAUCCAGUGGAGUCCGAGCACGAACACGAAGCUCUGAGGGCCAAACAGGAGCAGCAGUCUCAGUCGGUGGUCCGGCCCUCCCCCCCCCUGGCAGACGAGAGAGACGGGGCCCAGCGACUCUACAGCUGCAGCUACGACUUCGUGGCGAGAAACAGCAGCGAGCUGUCGGUCCAGCAGGGAGACAAACUGGAGGUGCUGGAGUCGUCCAAGCGCUGGUGGAAGUGUCGUAACCGCUUCAACGAGGUGGGCUUCGUCCCGUCUAACAUCCUGGAGCCGGUCGCACACAUAGACCCCCUGGACGGGGGGCAGGGACCCCCCAAGGCUCCGGCCCCUCCCCCGCUGGCCAAGAUGUUCUCGGCAGCCACGCCCAGCCCCCCCACCGUGCACCAGUCGCCAGGCCAGCGUCCGCGUGGCCUGCCUCCCUACGGCCAGCACCUCAUGGCCAGUGGAGAGGACUCAGAGAAAGCGAUGCAGGUGAAUGACGAGCUGCUCCAGAGGCUGACCAAUGGGAGGAGCCCCCUCACCAAGCCCGCCCUGGUCAUCCCCCGCUCCAGCGAGACCAGCGCGCCGCUGGACUACCACUCCCCCCCCGACGAGGUGGCCAACUGGCUCCGGGGGAAGGGCUUCACCGAGCCGGCGGCGCAGUGCCUCGGCGUUCUGACGGGCGCCCAGCUGUUCUCCCUGAACAAGGAGGAGCUACGCGCCGUGCUUCCUGAAGAGGGCGCCAGAGUGUACAGCCAGCUGGAGGUGCAGAGGGCGCUGCUGGAGGAUGCCCGGAACGCCACGGAGCUGGAGGCCGUCAUGGAGAAGCAGAAGAUGAAAGUAGAUUUGAAGAGCCAGGCAAACACGACGACAUUAUAAUACUUAACUCCUCCUACCACGAGGGCGGAUCUUCUGAACACCAAAGCAUCCCCUGUUCAUCUACCAGGACCCUGGCCCUGGUCCUCGACCGUCUAGAACAAUACUCCAGUCAGUAGAAAGUGAAGAACGUACAGCCUCCUCAAACAUGGUUGGCCACGAAUUUUGCCUCCCUGGUUUAUUUCAGCACACUUUUAUUCUUCUUCCUGAAAUAAUCCGCUAUUGGAGGAUUGCUGAUCUUGCACAACUGUUUCUACAUAUCCACUCUGUUGAAGGUCAAUUUAAAAUCUAUUUAUCUUUUAUUUAAAAUACCUCUUGUACAUCCGUUCUAACAGCUGAGUGCUGCUUCUGCUUCAAAGACUAUCCCUAUGUGUAUAUUGUAAGAAAGGGAAUGAGACAUCAUGAAAAUAAAAGGCUGGAAUAAUUUUA